CUCAAGGCCAAAGGCCGCGGCAGCCCGGAGCGAGUCGUGUGGCAGGUCCCGCCACGCCCCACGCGCGUGCACAAGACCCAUGUCCCUGAGCGACGGAAACAAGGAAACGACCCUCGCGCUGCGCAGCACCUUUAUCAACACAGGGAAGGAGAGACGGAGGGGAUGACGCAGCCCUGCGCCCGGCAGAGAUCUUUGAGAGUGAGCCGUGCAGCAGGCGGUUUUCCCUGGAGUUCUUUGAGGCUGGCCAUGACUACGUGUCCUGCUUGCAGCAGCGCGCGGAAACGGCGGCGACUUCCGCAUGGGGAGCCGCUAACGGCUUAGCCAACGCGCGGACUCUUCCAGUCCGACAGAUUCAGGACCAGCAGACGGGGGAGGACCUUCGGCAGAUCGAGGCCGCUUUGCAGCUGUCAGCCGGGAGUAACCGGACCCAGGCUGCUGCACAGAGUGACGCGCAGAGAGCGCUCAAAGUGUCCCGAAAAGUCCGAGCAGCUCAAGGACUCGGCUGGCGCGAUGCCCAAGCUGCAGUGAGGCUAGUGCUGCCCAAGAGGCGGUUGAACCGCCGCAGCUGGGCGACGUGUGCCGGAGCUACUCGAACCCUGGAUCUUUGGGACACCCGGAGCUCUGCGCGAGGUCCUGCUUGUUCUUCUCCAGGAAGAGCUGCACCAAUGGCGACUCCUGUCACUUCUGUCAUGGUGAGCAUGGUGUCCGAAAAGCUCACUUGGACAAGCGGAACAGGGAGAAAUUGAAAGGCCUGCCCGCAGACGCCCGGAACAGGUGGCUCCUCCAGGCCAUGAAACUCCGCUGCGACGCGGUGGGCCCAGACUUCGGGGCCAAGUUCAUGGCUGUGCUGCAGAGCUCCAUGAACCUCACGCCCGACUCGGAGGAGACCAACACCCGGAAGUGCCAGCGUCUAACGGCGGCGCUGAAGCAUUUCCCGCUGUCAUCCUUGUUAGCAUUGCUGGUGCAAGGCGAGCAGGAUGGGGUCAGAGACUUAUGGGCUGGCAUCGCUGAGCUGCGCGCCUCCGGAUUGUUGGAGGCCUGCGCUGGAAGCGAAUCCGAGCUUUUCGGCUCGGAACUUUUUCAAACCCAGUGACCGAAGCGACACUCCCAAUGGAUCGAAC